UCGGGAGGAUGGAGCAUUGAGGCGGUCUGGGCGGCUGCCGGCAGCACCAUGGAGACCGUGCAGCUGAGGAACCCGCCGCGCAGGCAGCUGAGAAAGUUGGAUGAAGAUAGUUUAACUAAACAGCCGGAAGAAGUGUUUGAUGUCUUAGAGAAACUUGGAGAAGGGUCUUAUGGCAGCGUGUACAAGGCUAUCCAUAAAGAGACUGGGCAGAUUGUUGCUAUUAAGCAAGUGCCUGUGGAGUCAGACCUGCAGGAGAUCAUCAAAGAAAUCUCCAUAAUGCAGCAGUGUGACAGCCCUCAUGUAGUCAAAUAUUAUGGCAGCUACUUUAAGAACACAGACCUGUGGAUUGUUAUGGAGUACUGUGGGGCUGGUUCUGUAUCGGAUAUCAUUCGGUUACGAAACAAGACGUUAACAGAAGAUGAAAUAGCUACAAUAUUGCAAUCAACUCUUAAAGGAUUAGAAUACCUUCAUUUUAUGAGAAAAAUACACCGCGAUAUCAAAGCAGGAAAUAUUUUGCUGAACACAGAAGGCCAUGCAAAGCUUGCAGAUUUUGGAGUCGCAGGUCAACUUACAGAUACGAUGGCAAAGAGGAAUACAGUGAUAGGAACACCGUUUUGGAUGGCUCCUGAAGUCAUUCAGGAAAUUGGGUACAACUGCGUGGCAGACAUCUGGUCUCUGGGAAUAACUGCCAUAGAAAUGGCUGAAGGCAAGCCCCCAUAUGCUGAUAUCCAUCCAAUGCGGGCAAUAUUCAUGAUACCUACAAACCCUCCUCCCACAUUCCGUAAGCCAGAGCUGUGGUCAGACAACUUCAUGGAUUUUGUGAAGCAGUGUCUGGUAAAAAGCCCUGAUCAGAGAGCUACAGCCACUCAGCUCCUACAGCACCCAUUUGUCAAAAGUGCCAAAGGAGUGUCGAUAUUGCGAGACUUAAUCAACGAAGCCAUGGAUGUGAAACUGAAGCGCCAGGAAGCUCAGCAGCGGGAAGUGGACCAGGAUGAUGACGAAAACUCAGAGGAAGAUGAAAUGGAUUCUGGCACAAUGGUUCGAGCUGCUGGUGAUGAGAUGGGCACUGUCCGAGUAGUCAGUACAAUGAGUGAUGGAGCCAACACUAUGAUUGAGCACAGUGACACAUUGCCAUCACAGCUGGGCACCAUGGUGAUCAACACGGAGGAUGAGGAAGAGGAAGGAACGAUGAAAAGAAGAGAUGAGACCAUGCAGCCUGCAAAACCAUCUUUCCUUGAAUACUUUGAACAAAAAGAAAAGGAAAACCAGAUCAACAGCUUUGGCAAGAAUGUAUCUGGCUCUCUGAAAAAUUCUUCAGAUUGGAAAAUACCACAGGAUGGAGACUAUGAGUUUCUUAAGAGUUGGACUGUGGAGGACCUUCAGAAGAGGCUCUCAGCCCUCGACCCCAUGAUGGAACAGGAAAUGGAAGAGAUCCGGCAGAAGUACCGGUCCAAGCGGCAGCCAAUCCUGGAUGCUAUUGAAGCCAAGAAGAGGAGGCAACAGAACUUCUGACGACAGCAGCGCAGGCCUUUGGUGGCUUCUGGUUGCUAGUCUCACGCCUAUUAGCCAACACUUCUGCGCUGUCCCUUCUCCACACACCUUUGUGAGCUCAGGAAUGCGCCAGUGGGAAGGGCUACCUUGGCAGUCAUUGUGCCAUCCGGGGUGUGUAUUUACACAGGCCGGCUAUGUCUUGAAGGGUUUGUAUUGGCGCCUUUAACUCAGAAUUUUAGAUCCCAGGAACAGAGAUUCCUAGUAGAGUCAUAGCUGGGAAAAUUUUACAUUAUCUCUUUUUGUUUUCCCUCUUGUAGUAGUUUUUGAUUGCUCUCUCUGGAAGACUUUUUAAAAAAAUAUAUAAAUAUGCAUAUAUAUAUAUAAAUUAUAAAUAGACUCCCCACUCUGUGUGGUGAUGUCUCUGUACAGGUACAGGUUCAAACACUUGCCUCUUUCUUGUGAGGUUAUGGUACUGUAGAACAAGAGAGCAGAGGCACUUAGGUGGUCACCGAAUUCCUGGAGUCAACCUCACCCAUUGCAGGACUGCUUGGAAAAAUUAAUCUUGGGAUGGUUGUGCCACCACAGUGACGAGCCUCAUACGGACGCCAGGGAAAGGCCUGGAGAACUUGAGUUUGCUCCGUGAGUCCUGAGAGAAGCCCGGCACCCUCUUUGCAAAUUAGCCUUUGCUGUCUCAGCACCUCUCAUCCAUCCCCACUCGCCCGGCUGCCUACAGUCACAUCCCAGAUACUGCCCAGUGCCUUAAGAGGGGACACAAUCUGGUGAAAGGACAAGCCCACCAAGAACUCUCCAGCAAACAAGCUGUGUCCAGUCCAGACAAAGGAAAGGCUUUGUGAAGAUCUCACUGUUCAUGUGGAAAGCCCAUAGCAUUGGGCUCUGCAUUUCUUACAUACAGGGUAAAGGGUCCACUUUCAAUUUAUGUCAUUGUUUUAUUUUUUCACUCACUGUGGAGUUUCUGGCAAGGGUCUGAUGCUUGCUUAUAGGAGGCUUAGUUAGACCCAGAAUGCCAGAACUGGAAGGGACUAUAGCAGUCAAUGGUCUGACCGUGUAUUGUGCAGGUGAGAAAAUGAGGAGAGAGGUGACAUUGCCAAUGCCACAAAUCAAGUUAGAGUAAAAGCAGGGAUUGGAACUCAGGCCUCCAUUCCUGGACCAUUGAACCCAGAGCCUCUUCACUGAGAACAAAACUGCCGGAGUCCUUCAGCUGUCCCAGUGGCUCCUACUUUGCCUUGCCUCUUUGGUAUUUGAGCUACUACGGAAAGGCUCCCCAGAGGAGCAGAGCCAUUUCAUCUCAGCACACCAAUGGGUUCCUUGCAGUGCCUCUCAGAUACAGGCAAGCACUCAUGGAAGGCCUGAAGCAGGAUAGAGGACUUUGCAGCAGACAUUUACAGAGUUAUGCUCUGCACCUUUGGCUCAGAACUGCAGUCUGAAGAAACUGGGAAAGACAGUUGCCCUUUUAUUUUCUUCUAAUCUCUUCUCUCUGAUGGGAGCCACGAUUGGGUUGCACCUGAGGAUGCUGAAAUCCAACUCCAUAAUUGCUUUUGUUCCCUAACCUGAGAGUCGAUAAAAAGGAAGGGGAUGUUCUCCUCUGUGACCAGAUUCUGUUCUUUGCAGUUAAAGCAAGCUUUAAAAAAUGCAAGAGGCAGCUGGUCUGCAGGAGUUGGCUAGCAAAGGAGCUGUGGGCAGAGAGAAUAGGAGGCCAGUUUGCAGUUCUUGCUGGAAUGAUAAACGGCAGCCAGCACUCCCCAGGGAGCACGUGUCAGACACUGAGCAGGUGCACCACAGGUUUCAGAGUGAUCUUGUGGACUCAUCAGGUUAUGUCUCGUAGGAUGAGACGAGUGUGAAGAUCUCUUCUCACGCCACUGUGGGUCUGGGUCCAUGGCAUCACAUGACUAGUCACAGACACAGGAAAGUCCUCAGUGCUUAGAACGAAGUGACCACUGCUUCUCAUGAAGACUUAAGUCUCAGUAGUAGUGGCUUUUUUUUUUAGGUUGAAAACCAGUUGAAUUAACAGUCACACCCCCCAGUCAAGUAAGCUUUAAAAAACCCAGAGCACGGGGCAUGCAUGUUUGCUGCUUAACAGCCCAGCCCCAUAGCUCUUUCCUCUUGAAGAAAAGUGCUUUGGGCUUGGCCAGACACAAGAAGAAAGCCCACGGCUCCCUUCUGAAUCAAGAUCCAAGUACAGGGAAACAGUUUUUCUUGUGCUGAUUCUGCCGCUGUCAACCUAGAGCUGAAGUUUAUUUGGUUUUGAGCUUGUCUGCACUGCACAGCUUGGUCCAGCAGUCAGCCGCCCGGCAGUCCAGCUGAACAAUGCCUUUUGCCAGAAGCCAGUUGUUUUGGAUUAACAAAAUUUCCUGGCAAGGUGCGUGUGUUGCCCAGUGACAGGCAGGGAAGCGAGCCGUUCUUUCCUGGAGAACCAAAUCCCAGGAAUCACCUCUUGCUUCCCUGGAGCUUGAGCAUUUGUGACUCAGGCUUCCAGAGAACUCUGAGUUCUCUACUUCUAAGAAGCCAUGACCCACACCUAACAUUUCUUUUAAAAAACAAACAAACAAACGAAACCUCAUUGUCUCUAAAAAUAUAUGAGUUGUGUUCCCAUUUAUAAAUUUGAAGCACAUUUCCAUUUUUUAUUUUUCUUAUAUAUUUUAUUUCUUCAACCUCAAUUAAUUGGAUGAAAAUUUGACUGGCUGGGAUUAUAGAAGGUUAUUAGGUUAGUGGAUAGAGAGAAGUAAUCCGAAGCCUCAGGCAUUGAGUCUUAAGGUUUUGACACUGUAGAGUAGCACCUGGCAGAUGCCAGAAAUUUAUUUUACCAUUUAAAACUCAGUACCCCCAUCUAAUGUCAGAAACGAGAGAGAUGACCUCAUUCUAGACCCCCAGAUGCUCAGAGGCUGGUAGCAGACUAUUAUGAAGACUUCAUGUGCUUCAUGUGCAUGUUCUCCAGCGUAAGUGAAAUGACAGCUGUGAAGUAACAGAGCGAACUCAAGAGCUUGGUAGCUCUGAGCUGUGGGCGUCUCUUCAUUCUAUGGCCCAGGAAACUGUUCUUUGAGGUCCACCAGCAGAGUGUAGCCGAAGCCGAUUCUUACUCCACUGUCCUUCCCAGCAUGCUGUGUGUCCUCUGAAGAUUGCAGUUCUUUAUUUUGGGGAAGUUGUUCUGCCCAGACCACACCCCUCACCCUCCUCGCCCCUCUUUUGAGCACUGUAUUUGUGUUCGGAUUACCUUCAUCAUCCUUGGGAUCCACGUUCUUUGGGUUUAGGGGGAAGUCUCUUCCACCAACCUGCACUCAGACCAACUUGGAGAAAAAAAAAAUCUUAAAUGCUGUUGCUGAUGUACAAUUUAAAAAUGUGAAGUUUGUAGCUUUAAUGUUUUGUAACAAAAACUAAAAACACCGGCUUCAGUGCUGACUUGAAAUGCUAUUUUGUAAGGUUCGGAUGUAAAUAAUCAAGGUCAGCAGUUUGUAUAUGUGAACCGUAGCUUCUUCCACUGCCAUUGUUUUUAACUUCCUGUUUGCUUUUCUGUUAGAGUUGUUCUUCCCUCAUUCCACCCAAACACCUGCCAUCUUGUUUGAAAUAAACUGUCCUUCAGACCACUGACU